AUGAACUUGCCGCUGGCAACAAAUCAGCCUGUGACCGUGGAACUCAAAAACGGUAACUCCGUAAACGGACAGGUGCUUACAGUCAACCCUUCGAUGAACAUCACCAUGAAGAACAUCAAACUUAUACAACCCCAUCAGGACCCACAACUCAUGCCGUUCAUAAAUAUCAGGGGCAACCAAAUCAGACAAGUUUUGCUACCUGACGAUCUAAAUAUUGACAGCUUGCUUGCGAAAAGCGUGCUCAAGCCAAAGGGACCAGGAGCUGGACCAGGAAAACAGACCACAAAGAAGCCUUUCAGAAGAGCAGGCGGCAAGCGUGCAUUUUAG